GUUCUUGACCUUUCAGUUGUGAAGCCUCAUGAGUUUGUUCAAUAUGGAUUAAGUUGCCUGGAGAAGUUUGCUGCUCUUGGUGACAGCUGUGCAAAAGUGACUCGUGAAAGGAUAAGAAUCGUGGCAGCAGGAGGUGAUGGCACUGUUGGAUGGAUUCUUGGCUGCCUUGGAGAGCUUAAGAAACAGGGUCGAGAGCCAGUUCCACCAACAGGAAUUAUCCCACUUGGCACAGGAAAUGACUUGUCCAGGAGUUUUGGUUGGGGUGGGUCAUUUCCUUUUAACUGGAAGUCAGCCACAAAAAGUAUUCUUGACAGAGUUGCAACAGGUCCAAUUAACCAUCUGGAUAGUUGGAAUCUUGUAAUAUCAAUGCCCGCUGGGGAAAAACUGGAAACACCUCAUUCUCUGAAACCUACUGAGGAUGCCUCUCUUGAUCAGGAAUUGGAUAUUGAUGGUGAGUUGCCCAAGAAAUUGUCCAACUAUCAAGGAGUAUACUACAACUACUUUAGCAUAGGAAUGGAUGCACAGGUAGCCUAUGGCUUCCAUCAUUUACGGAACGAAAAGCCAUACCUUGCACAAGGUCCCGUAUCAAACAAGUUGAUUUACUCAGGAUAUAGUUGCACGCAAGGCUGGUUCUUUACACCAUGUAGCAGUGACCCUGGUUUGAG